CUUACAACAGGAUGAAUUUGAAUACAAAUCUUCGCAACAGGUAUGAAUAAUCACGAUACAGCGAGCAAUUCCACAAUGAGUCUUCAUGUUCUUGAAGAUGAAUCCAAAUGUUGGCGCAUAAUUCUUGCGUACUAAUAAGUCAUCUUCUUGAUACGCCUAGGUUGAUAGUGAGCAUUCACCGACUUUAACCCUCUACUGCCAUUUAGCAGUAGUUCAGUAGAUCCGCACGCUCUCUGUUUCAUCUGUCUGGUUACUUAGAUGAAGAAUACACAUGGUCAAGUAGGUCUUGUUACUCUUAGUUGUACCACUUCUAUUAAUAGUCCUUGUCCUAGUUCUAGUAGUACUAGAGAUCAUAAAGUAGACAAAAUGCAGCUUUUUGAGGAUCAAGUGCGUGUCCAGGACCAUGAGAUUUCGCAGGUCUUUUUGGAAAAGUUCAUCGAGCACGUCGAGCCAGUAUUGCAGAUCCGAAACAGCUUUGUCACUUUGCUGAACGACACUACAACUACGGAGGUGGAACAAAACAAGAAUUCUACCUCUACGGCCACGAAGGAUAACAAGGAUGCUGUUGCGAACAAUCCGAAUACAUCUUCUACUUCGGGCAUCUCCUCAUCAUUCCUAGCCUUGCAGGAGAGAUGCGAGCAGGCUUUAGUAGCUUACGAAAGACAGCUGGAUAGCCUCUGCAUCGAGAGAAACACGUAUUUGGAACAGGUUGAGGCAACGCAGAGAAGAGACGCACUGAAUGCGAGUCUUAUGCCAGAGGAGAAAUUAUAUGAGGAAGAAGCAGUACUUGAUUUGUUUGUUGUCAUCAAUCCUCUGAGACCUCCAGGAGUAUGUGAAUGACUGAAUGUGUAUGUUGUGUCAUGUGAGGAUAUUAGAUACCUUGUUAUAUGUCGCUAAGCGUCAAAAGAUACCUCCAGAACAGGUAAAUGAAUGAAAUGAAUGAAUGAAAAAUCUUCUCUGCCUCUAGAUAGGAUGAGGAUCUACCUUCCAACUUGUUAAAAAUUGUACUGGUCAACCACAUCACAACUACACACCAACAGUUCCUCGCAGACAUCUUUGACGAGCUCGACGAUGAGUAUGUGCCGAGUCCCAGCAAUGCUACGAAAGAAGAUGAUCCUAUGCAAGUAGAAGAUGAAGGCGAGGACUCUUCUUCGCCAGACGCCGCACAACCUCCGACAUUAUUGGCAUUGGCACAUACGACGAAGCUGGAACUGUUGCAAAGUGAGGUACUUGUUCAGUACUGAGAUUUGAUGUGGCGCGGGUUUUGGUCAUUGUCAGUCGUGGUUCUUUCUUCUUCUUUUUGAAAAUGAGUUAAAUCAUCAUCAUUAUCUUCUUAGGUCUUUUCCCGUCUGAAGGAGCGUCAAGAAAAGCAGGAAGAGGAAGCCUUCAAGCGGCAUGUGGUUACAACCAAGAAGAGCCGAGAAAUUUCAUCUGCUGAAAUCAGUAACCUAGAACGGGAACAAUCCGAAUGCUCUAAAAUCCGGCAAUCACACGACAGCAAUGCCUUUUUGACGAACGAGCGGCUAGCGCACAUUUUGUCCGAACUUUCGGACCUGGAAACUAGUGUCCGCAGUUUUGAGUGCUUAGAGCACGCAGCUGCCAAAACCGGUCCUCUUCUAGCAGGCCACGUGAGAAGCAAUUCUAAGCCACAACUACAGCCACAUCUUAAUCAAAGCAAUGUUGUAGUCGCCGGACGAGGUAAUUAUCACUACUCAUCAUCUAGUACAACUGACCAGCAUCUUCAUUUUGAGCAACAACUACAUGCAGGAACUACAGGACUAUCGCAUCAACAAAGGAUCAUGUUCAACGUUGGACCGCAGCAAAUGCGUCCCACAUUCCAAGCACAAGCUGGGCCUGCGAAUCCUAGUGGAGGUGUAACUGGAGGUCCUGGUAUCACUGGAACAUCAUCUAGUGGAGGUCCUCAGAUGAGGAUCGGAGCUUCUCUGUCCAAGGCUGGCGGCUUCAACAAGAUGAUGCAAUCGCAACCUCUAGGGCAAAUGAUGAUGACUUCACCGUCAAGGCGUCCACAAGGCGUAAACCCACAACAAGUCGUUGCACCACCUCCACCACCCCAAUACGUCCAUCACCAGACCAUCAUGCCGGGAAACCACCCACCCGGUCCUGGUGGGAACAACUACUUCGUCCCGCAAGGGAGGUAUCCACCAAAUCAACAACCAACUCCUGGAGCCCCUGGCGCCCCGCCACCGGGAGCGGUUUAUACUGCGUAUAACGCGCCAAACCCAGGACCUCAGACCAUUCAGCAACCAGCGUUUAAGGGUAAUCCUUUUCAGCCACCCUUUCGGCCCACAAGUGCAGGACCUUAUAGUGCGCAACCAGCGAAAGGUGCACAGCAAGGUGGAAAAUAUGGGAAGUAUUGAUGAAGCUAAAACUGGGAAAUAUUCUUGAUGAAACUAAAACGUCCUCAAGGCUUGCUUAAGAGUUGAUGUUGAGACGAGCUAGGCUUGGCAACCUCUUCUAUGUUCAGUUAAUAGAGUUGUUGAGAGCUACUAGGCUUAGGAGCCUCUUCUAUGUUCUAAAAACCCAACGUCAGAAGUUUUGUGAAUUGAAUCUUGACAAAGCAAGAUGAAAGGAGUCUGAUGUACUAAAAACAAUGCAGAAGAAGGUGCGUGAUGUAGUUGGGUUCCACCUCGUCGCAAGUAAGUAAUUGUAAUGGUGUUCCAUCUGCAUCAACCUGCAAGGAAUUUAACACUGUUUUUUUUUUGUGCCCAACGAAGGCGAAAGCGAUCGAACUACCAAGGUCUAGGAUCUUGGUUUUCCGACACUGCAUCAGCGAUGUUGAGACUCAAUGAAUCUCAUGACCGAUAACCACAC